GCGGUGGUUUCUUUUUUUUAGAUAAAGUAUUUUUAUACACAUAAAGUUAUUUUUUUUAUAUUGGACUUAUAAUGUCUACAACUCUCCAAUAUGUGGCUUUCUCAAGUGCUGUUAAUGUUAGUUUUUGGCACGAGCUUAGUAAGCACAAACUUGAGGAAUAUAAACUUGAUGAUACAGCUAAAGAUAUUAUUGGAUCUUUUGUGAAUAAUGAUCGAGAUGGUCUUACUUGCAGAUUAAAUAUAGAGUUUUCAGCUUUUAACAGCAAAUCUGAUUAUCAUGUCCCUCACUCUUUCUAUUGUCCAGGUUUAUUAAUAAACAAAAACACUGUUGAAGAUUUUAAAGCCUGUGACAAAAAAGCUUUGCUUAAGGACGUUGCUAAACAGAUCAUUGAAGAUAUCAAAUCUGGUGUUGCAUUUGAAAACACUAGUUUGCUUAAUAGAUUUUUGGUCCUGACAUUUGCUGAUUUAAAAAGGUACGAUUUUUAUUAUUGGUUUGCUUUUCCUGCACUUAAUAUUAAAGAACAUAUCAAUAUUGUCUCUAUCAAUCCCAUUACUGCAAUCUAUAAUGAAACUGAGAUUUAUUCAUUGGAAAAAGCAUAUGAUUCUUUGAGAGACAGAGUUGGACAUGAUCCAUUUGCAUUUAUUUUGAAAAAAGUAGGAACAGAGUUUGAAUCAGGUUUACUAUCGGAUUGGGAUCAAUUUUAUGAUGGACCUGUAAAUGUUGUCCUUGGUUUUUCAGACCCAUCUACAAUGAGUGAAAAUCCAGGGUGGCCAUUACGUAAUCUGCUCACUUGCAUAUCUUAUCAAAAAAAAUCUUCUAUUAAUCAUUUGUCUGUGAUUUGCUACCGUGAUAGAUUCAACAAUGGGAAACGUGAAAUUAAACACAGCUUGUUUCUUGAGAUAGAUAACUUGCCAGAAAUUGAAUUAGAAGAGAAUAAUGUUGUUGGUUGGGAAAAAAAUCAACGAGGUAAAAUGGGUCCACGAAUGGUAAAUCUCAGCGCUACUAUGGAUCCUCUAAAAUUAGCAGAAUCAGCUGUAGAUUUAAAUUUAAAAUUGAUGCGUUGGAGGUUGGUACCUGACUUGGAUUUAGAUAAAAUAAAGUCAACAAAGUGUUUGCUUUUAGGAUCAGGAACUUUGGGCUGCAAUGUUGCAAGAUCUUUAUUGGGAUGGGGCAUACAAAAGAUAACAUUUGUUGAUAAUUCAAGAGUUUCUUUCUCAAAUCCUGUUCGUCAGACUCUUUUCCAGUUUGAGGAUUGUUUAAAUGGUGGAAAGGUUAAAGCACAAGCUGCAGCAGAAUCUUUAAAAAGAAUUUUUCCUGGAGUGGAUGCAACUGGUGUUUAUUUAAAUAUACCAAUGCCUGGUCAUGCAAUCAGUGUGAAAGAUGAAAGAUCUAUUCAAAAUGAUGUUGCAACUCUGGAAGAAUUAAUUUCUCAGCAUGAUGCUGUAUUUCUUCUCAUGGACUCACGAGAAAGUAGGUGGCUUCCAUCAGUUAUUGCUGCUUCCAAAAGAAAGAUAUUGAUCAAUGCUGCAUUGGGUUUUGAUACAUUUUUAGUGAUGAGACAUGGAAAUCAACAAUUAGUUUUGGAAAAUUUUGAAGAGAUUAAUUCAAAAACUGUUAGAAUUCCUGGUCAUCAAUUAGGAUGUUAUUUUUGCAAUGAUGUUGUGGCUCCUGGGAAUUCUACUAUAGACCGCACACUUGAUCAACAGUGUACUGUAUCUCGACCAGGUGUAUCAAUGAUGGCUAGUGCAUCAGCUGUGGAGUUAUUAAUUUCUUUGCUCCAACAUCCUUUAGGUAAUUUGGCCCCAGCUGAAACCAGUGCCAAUGAAAACCAUUUAGAAGCAGAGUUUGAAACACCUAUUGGUAUAAUUCCACAUCAAAUACGUUGUUUUUUAUCUCGUUUCCAUAUUGUAUUACCAGCAUGUCGUGCUUUUGAUAAAUGUACCUGUUGUUCUCCUUUAGUUUUAAAAGCUUACGAGGAGGAUGGGUUCUCUUUUUUGCACAAAGUAUUUAAUUUACCAACCUUUCUAGAAGAUUUAACGGGCUUAACAGAGUUUCGUAAUGCUAUAAAUGACUCAGAAAUUGAACAACUUGUUGAUACUGAUGACGAAAAUAAUCUAGUCGAGAAUUGAUUCCUAUAUUUGAUUCUUCUUGAUAGAUAUGGUUCUUUGAUGAUGACGAAAUUUAAAUAUUUGCAAGAAUCUAUUGAAGAUAAGCAGCUAUUUUUCGACGUCACGACAUGUGCAACAAUACAUUCUACCUUUUUUAUGAAAAUAAUAAGUGAAAGAUUUUA